AUGGUGUGUCAAGGACCUGAACCACCGGAUAACCCUGAAAAUCUGACGCCGCCUCCGAGACAGGAAUUAAUAACAAAUGGUCAUCAAGAGGAAAGUGAUGAUGAACAAAAUGAAUACUUUGGUUACGAGCCGUUACCUCAGGGCCCUGAAACAAUGACCACUGAACAAGAAAGUGAUGAUGAAACAGAUUCUAAUGAUGAUGGAGCGACUCAAGUUUCUCCUGAUGUUCCAUCUAUAGAACCAAUGGAAAGUACUCUUGCAAGAGAGGUGUGGAGCUUACCUAGAACGACAGAUCCCAUUCAGAUGGAUAAUGAACGAGUACAGCAGGUGAUGUCGGCUAUGGCAGAUUUCGCAUUACCCCCAGCGUCUAUUCCAGAAUGGGCACAGUCUAUAUCAGAAGAACAAUGGAAGCAAACUUUACAUGAUAAGAUAGAAAAAUUAAGAGAGCAUAGAUAA